GCUGCGCAACCUGGUCAGUUUGCCAGAAGCAUCCCCUAGCAGCAGCAGUAUAUCAGCAGAUCACCUCGUCACCAAAGUUUAGAGCAUAUAUACAAAUUGCCGAGCAACAGCGACGACACUACUACCAUAAUAAACAACGUACGCCCUCCUCUCCACUUCUCUCCGGCUAGUGUACUAUACUACACCACCGUCCGCAUUCUACUAAAUGCCGGAGAAGCUUCCGCCGCGCCGCCGCCGGCCGAUGGCGGCGGGGAGCUGGGUCCGGUCGUUCCAUUGUAAGUCCACGGCGGCUGGAGACGUCGCCGCGGCCAUCACGGCGCUGCCCAAGAAGCCGCACCACCUGCUUCUGCCUCGCUCCAGCUGCGCUAGCUCCGGCGACGCCCACAGGAACGUCUCGUCGUCGUCGGCUAAGGCCAAGCCGCAGUCGAGCUCGAAGCAGUCUAGUCCGGCUAAGAAGGCGAAGAAGCACAGGCUUAAGGCGGCGUCCGUGCCGCCGUCGCCUCCUCCUGGCCCGCUUGGACCGGUCCCGGCGCUCACCGAGCUCCCGGCGGGGCACUCGUCGCGGCAGGUUGUCGAGAUUAUCUUCCUCUCGUCGUGGUCCCCGCUUCCGGCGGCACAGCAUUUGCCGGCCGCGCUAGCUUCAGCCGGCGUCGGCGGGUUCACGGCAGAGGUGGAGAUGUUGUUCCGCGUCCACAACCCUGCGCGCGCCGUGGCGCGCUUCGAGGACUACCGAGCCGCCGUGCGCGCUCGGGCAGGCGGGGCCUCCCGCAGCGCUGCCGACGGCAACGAGAUGAUGCGCUUCUCCCCGGCGCCUCCUGACGGGUGCUCCUCGGCCGCAGGCGAGGACGCGCUGCGCAUCCGGACGUUCGACGGCAGCGGCGGCGCGCACGCCAACGGGCGCGGGCCGGCCUCCGGCAGGCGGGCCAUGUUCCUCUGCAGGGUGAUCGCCGGGCGCGUGGCGGAUGGGCCAGCAGCCUCCGACGCCGACGCCGACGCCGAGCCAGUGCCCAGCAAGGAGUACGACUCCGUUCGCGCCGGCAAGGGCGAGCUGAUAGUGUUCGACCGGCGAGCGGUGCUCCCCUGCUUCCUCAUCAUCUACAAGCUGUAAAAAAAAACCCCGUCCCGUUAACCUCUGCCCGCUAAUUUUGUUCACUGCCCAUGGGUGUUAAUUAAUCAACCACCAUCAACUGCAUAGCCGUGUGUAAAAUCUUAUCAGUUACCCCUGUCCAAAUCCAAUUAAACCUAGCUUCGAGUCAUUCGAGUCCACUGGUUAAUCUUUGGGUCUUCUUCGCCAUUGCUCUCAUGCAUGCAUCUUCUGCAAAGCAUAUGUACAGCCACUGUGCUGC